AUGAAGGGCACGUCGGUCUUGCGCUUUGCGUCUUGGCCGAAAAUCCACCAGCCAUUACCCCGUACCCCUCGCCAAUCUCAGCAGCUGCUCAACGCCCUUACAUCCUCCUUUCGUCGUCAGUUGGACCAGGAACACCCAUCUUCCAUUUCACCGUCAGAGCAGCCUCACAAUGGUGAUAGCCCGCCGGAAAACCCGAACUCGUCCAUACUUGCGACCGACAAGCAUGUGCAGAGAAUUCUGAGAAACCCCCUCUUCCGCAAGACACCUAACAACUCUCCUGUUCAGCUCGACGAACACAAGUUGCGCACGGAACCAAUGGCGCUCUUUGAUGAUCUAGUCGCAUCUGGCUCGGUUACCACCUCGACUCUUCGGCGUUGUCUGCAAUCGCAGCUAUGGCUUGCAAGCCGUCAUACGGGAGAUGGUUACCUCAAAGCCAUGAGAGAGUCGCGGGCCGGGUCGAGGUUCGUGGACUGGUGGUUUGCGUCCGGCACCCGUGCGUUACGAAUUCUCUUCAAGUCCCAAGCAUCGACUCGGACUCUAGUGAAGUUCAUGAUGGCCGAGGGACUACGACCUACCGCCAUGGGUUGGCUGGACCUACUGGCGAAAAAAGACCUCGGAGAACGCGAACGGCUUCCGAGGGACGCUGCUAUUGAGCUUUACCGUGUAUUUCUACUUGAAAUGGUUAUGUGGGAGCUUUUUGAUGGUGGGGGCGGUUGUGGAGGCGUGCUCGCUGCCUUACAAUGUUUUGUACAGUCUGCCGGGAGCUUGCUUGCAAUUGCCAAAAAAGACCGGGAAUUUCACUCCGCCGCGCUUCUUGAUGCGGCUGUCAAACUGCACAUGGCUUUAAAGACAGUGUCCCCUGAAAUCCCCGUUGCUUCAUUCGAAGAUCUUGUCAAGAUUCAAGAACAAGUGUGGCCCGUGGCGCGCAGGACUGCCGUGCUGCAUCUCUACCACCCUACACAAGCAAACCCUACCCCAUUUCUCCAAUACGCGGGGCGACAGUCUCCUGAUCAUGUUGAAUCAUGGACCCGAAGGGAUCAAGCGUCCUUUAUGCGGGGUGGAUUCAAGGCACUUCAGGUUAUGCUGGACCAGGGCCGGUCUGAGGAUGCCUCUGAUCUGGCACAGAUUAUGCAACGGUCGUUGCCUGCUCUAAAAGACCAAAAAGCGGUGCAGAAUGGAUUCGGGUGGCAUGUGGAGGAGAACUUUCUCGCCCGCGUGAACCUUGCGACCACGUGA